UGCCAAGGAGCAACGAUUUAACAUGGCGCAUGGAAACUAUUCUGAUAUUGAAUCAAAAUGUGGGAUCUGCUUGUCUCCGUAUACAGAACCGCGACUUUUGGACUGUUUCCAUACUUUUUGCACACCGUGUCUCGAAAAACUGGAUGUUCUUGAUAACUGUUUGACUUGUCCUUUAUGUAGGACUCAAAUUUCUAUACCAGAAAAAGGGGUAAGUGGUUUAAAAUCUUAUCCAUUCAAGGUUGAACUAACUCACAGUGACAAUGAAUUAACGGACAUUUGCGAAUUAUGUUCGGAAGAAAAUUUUGUGGUUGCUAAAUGUCUAGAUUGUAGGAUAAACUUAUGCUUGAACUGUCGUGACUACCACAAGAAACUUAAAACGUCACAGAAUCACUCGCUUGAAAACUUGAAAUUAGAUCAAUCGAACAAACAUGAUGAAGAUUCAGUAAACGAAUGCGAGGAACAUAGAAAAGAGUUGACCAUAUUUUGCAAAGCCUGUAAUAUCUUGUUGUGUAGCGAGUGUUCAGAAAAGGCACAUGGUUUGCACGAUACCCAGAACCUGACGCUGUUGAUUGAGACUAGGAAGAAAAUUCUACUGGCUAGAACAGCAAGCUUGAAAUCGAGAAUAUCGGUUCUUGGGAACACUGCAGAGUUAGUCAAACAAGAAGAAAAUAACUAUUACAAACACAUUAACAUAGUGAAAAAGGAUAUUAUAGCACACACUUCAAGUAUGAAAGAUGUAUUUUGUAAUACCGUUGAUGUACUGACAAACAAAAGUUUGGCUACAAUCGACAAGAUUAAAAAGAAAGAUGUUAAAGUAAUGGACACGUACUUGAAUGAGAUAGAAAGAGAACAAUUGUCAUUGGCUGGUCUCAUCAAGACAUCAGAGGAUUUCAUCACCAGGUCUCCAGAUAAACAAAUCAUGGAGGAUUUUUUUACAGUCGGUAGUCAACUCGACAAAGUCCUGAACAAAACUGUUAAUCCUUUGACUUUGCAUAAGUUGAAAUACGACUGUGAGGAAUUCACUGAAGCUACCGUAGAAAAAUUGCUUGGAAAGGUUAAUACUUAUUCGGAGGUAAAUGUUGUAACACCUAAAUAUACACCAUUGCCUAUUCCUGAACUGUUCACAAAGGUAGAAAAUGUACAUAGCUUUCAACUUUCACAAAAUAUCACAGAUAUUGUUGCCGCAAAUAGCGAUGAUACGUGGAUACUCUUGGGGGAUUCAGUCAGUCUCUAUAAUCGCGAUGGGAUUGUGCGUUCUACUUGUGCAUCACCAACUAAAAGCAGAAGAAUGCUCAGAAAGUCUGCAGAUGAAUUAUGGUUCUGGACUGGACAGUCGGCAGUGAAGAGAGUAAACACGAAAUAUCAAGAAGGGUUCAAAGUUCCAUUUCAAAACGGAUCGGUUGGUUGUUUCAUUCAAAAUGGGAAUUUACUUGUGUAUGAUCAAGAGGAAAACGUAUUCUGUGAAGUAUCCGAACAACAAGGUGUUCAAAACAAAAUAAAAAUCACUGAUCCAAAAAAUAAACUGCAGAACACUCACAGUUUUACUAGUACAGAUAUAAUAGCUGAAACUAAGAACUCAAAUCUUAUUAUGUCAUGGCGCAAUGAUACCAUUGUAAUUACUGAUAAGCAUGGAAUAAUUCUGAACACAUUUACACGAUCCAAUGCAAGAUUCCGAGGUUUAACUGUUGAUAAUUACGGACAUAUUUUAGUAGCGGACUGCAACAAUGGUGUAAUCGAUAUUUUUUCUGAAAAUGGUGUUUUUCUGCGAAACUUGUUGAUUAAUAGAUAUGGUGGAAAUAUAUAUGAGACUAAUCCUAUCGCUAUUGAUAAAUGUGGAUUUUUGUGGGCGUUUGAUAAUAGACAAACUAUGAAAAUUUUUUCAUACCAUUAAAAUGAUUGUGUUUUGUUGUAUCAUA